AUGCACAUGCUCGCAGAAUGUGAGAAAAUCCUCGGUGAAGGUCUGCUGCAACUACCUGCGCAGCACAACUACCGAUAUGGGCCCAAAGCGGAACGGGACUUGCUUGAGCUGUUGUUUCGGUCGCUUGUAGGCCACAGUGAGGAGCUCCUGAUUCAUCUCUUCCCAGACGGCACGCCGAACGGACCGUGGAAGCUGGCCGAGGCUCAGGGAGCCCGUGAAGGAGCCGAGUACAGUGAAGCUGCGCGAGGUAAACGAUGCGGGCAUAUUUUCCGGGCGGGAGAGGCGACUUAUCGCUGCGUCACCUGCGCGGCUGACGACACUUGCGUGCUUUGUAGCCGAUGCUUUGACUCGUCAGACCACACUGGACACCAGUAUCAGAUUUCAUUAUCAUCGGGAAAUUGCGGCUGUUGUGACUGCGGUGACGACGAGGCCUGGCGGCUACCGCUUUUCUGCGCCAUACACACUGAUAGCGGAAAUGUGAAGAGCAAGCAGCGCGCAGAGCGGCAGCUACCCUCGGAAGUCAUUGACUCCGUCCGCUUGACAAUUUCCCGGGUCCUCGAUUACUUUUGCGAUGUCAUCUCAUGUUCGCCAGAAAACCUGCGCCUGCCAAAGACGACAGAGGGUAUCAAACAGGAUGAGGAGGCAUCCCGCCUGCGACCCGGCUGGUACGGUGCGGGCGAUCAAGAGGAGGAGGAACCCGAGUUUGCGCUGAUGCUCUGGAACGAUGAGAAGCAUACCAUUCGAGAUGUUGCUCACCAAGUUAGUCGAGCGUGUCGCGAGCGAGACAGCUUUGGUGUAGCACGGGCCCACGAGACCAAUGACAUCGGUCGCAGCGUGGUCAAGUAUUCGAAGGAUCUGCAGCGGCUGCUGGCGGUCUCGAAGAUCAUCGAGGAGAUCAAAGUGACGGUAUCAGUUCGAUCUGCCCGCGAUACCUUCCGUGAGCAAAUGUGCGGCGCGAUCGUCGAGUGGCUGGCCGACAUCGCCGGUUGCAGCAUUCUGGACGACAACGAAAUCUUCCGACAGGUCAUCUGUGAGGAAUUGCUCAGCCCGUGGCGCAAGGGUAGCGGUGCUUUUAAUGCGGACAUUGGCAUGAAGGGCAUUGACGAUCAUCAAGAAACUGAGAAUCACCUCCCCGGGCGCACUGUCAUGCUUACUCUUCCACCGCAUGGUCAGAUUGUUCUCGCAACGACCGACGAGGAUGAAGAUGAAGAUGACGAGAUUGGUGAUGGGAAUGAGCAAGAUGACGAUGACGAUUACGUAGAGGCUCACGAUGAUGCUGACGAUGAGGAUGAUGACAUCGAUAUGGAGCUUGCUCGUCUGCAGGCUGAGGCUGAUGGCGACGAAGAUGAGGAAAUGGAUAUGGGUAACGACGAGGAGCUUGCACUGGCUGAACGCAUUCUUGCCGGGCUUACUCGCGCGCACCCGGUCGCUCCUCGACCAGCGCCGCCAGCUAACGAAGAACAAGCUGGACACCAGGAACAAACUGGUACCGCCACUGCCGAGGAAGCCGAGAGUCAGCCAUCUGCGGAGACCUACGUAUCUAUUCCAAAGACUCCGUCUGGAGCUAUCAGACCUCCCCCUGCCAGAACUGAAGGCCACUGGCAGGUGCGUCCGCCUGCUCCAGCCAUGGGUGAGAAGGUUGCGCCCUACGAGGAUCUCUGGCAACGUACCCGCCUCGACUGGCUCGUUCUCUUUGACCUGCGACUGUGGAAGAAAACCCGCACAGAUCUGCGGGACCUCUACAUCAGCACUGUCGUCAAUGUGCCUCAAUUCAAGCGCAUCAUGGGCCUGCGGCUCUCAGCUCUUUACACGGCUUUGGCGCAGCUUUACUUGAUUGCGGAUCGAGAGCCGGAUCACUCGAUUGUUAAUCUAUCUCUGCAACUUCUUACUACCCCUUCGAUCACCGAGGAGAUCGUGCUCCGCGGAAACUUCCUCACCAAGGUUAUGGCCAUUCUCUACACUUUCCUCACCACAAGACAAGUGGGCGAGCCUCAGGCCGUCAAUCCGAAUGCUACCCUGGCUUUCGAUGCAGGCUCCGUCACAAAUCGACGACUGUAUCAUUUCUUCCUUGAUCUUCGAUACCUUCUGCAAUCCGAGUAUGUUCAACACCGGGUUCGAACAGAGGAGCAGUAUUUGCCACAGUUCCUUGACUUGGUGAAGCUUUCGCAAGGCAUUUGCCCCAAUGUUCGCGCUGUGGGUGAGCACGUUGAAUAUGAGACGGAUGCUUGGAUCAGCGCGUCGAUUCUGAUGCGAGAGAUCAACCGACUCUGCCGACAGCUCUGUGAAUCCUUCCGUACUCCAGAGGCUGAUGGCGGCGAGAACCUGGUGCGGGCCAUUAAAACGACCGCUCUUACUGCGAUUAUUCACUCUGCGGGCGUCGAACGCAAACGCUUUGACCAAGCCGAAAUCAAGGAAGAAGUUAAGUUCAAGACCUUGCAGCCCUUUGAUUUCGAGAUUGGCUCGUCCGGCCAGGUGCCUUGCCACCGUGUGGUCGAGUUUGCGGUCGAGAAGGGCUCGAUCAGUUUCCAUCAUGCGCUCCACUACACUUUGUCUUGGUUGAUAGAGUGCGGUCGAGGAUUGAGCGGUGAAGUGGUGCGAGGAGCCCUAUUCGAGGCUGCGCAGAGUGCCAGGGAUGAACUCCACGCGGCCAAAGUUGCUGGUAAACCGAUUGAUGACAGUCUUCUUGCGCUGGGUCCAGAGGAUCUCCUGCUGACGAUGUUUGACUACCCACUGCGAGUGUGUGCCUGGCUGGCCCAAAUGAAGGCAGCAAUGUGGGUUCGCAAUGGCCUCAGCCUUCGUCACCAGGCAUCACAAUACCGUGGUGUGUCGUCUCGAGACUUUGCCUAUUAUCGCGAUAUUUUCUUGCUGCAGACCGCGCUGGUAACUUGCGAUCCGAGUAGGGUUCUUGCAUCGAUUGCCCACAGAUUUGGCAUGGUUGACUGGAUGUCGCGGAAUUACAUGCCGCGCAGCGGCUUUGAGGACACGCAAAUUGUGGAUGUUGCCGAGGAAUUUGUCCAUCUGCUUGUCAUUUUGUUGACCGAUCGCACUUCCUUAACGGCAACUGAUGACAGCUCCUAUUUGACCAAGGAAAAUAUAAGCCGCGACAUCGCCCAUGUCUUGUGCUUCAAACCUCUUUCCUUCUCCGAUCUUUCAACCCGUCUGAGUGAUAAGCUGCUGGAUUCUGACAUGUUCCAAGACGUCCUCGAAGAGGUUGCCAACUUCCGUCCUCCCGAGGGUCUGAGCGAUUCCGGAACCUUUGAACUGAAAUCUGAGUAUUUCGAUCUGGUCGAUCCUUACAGCGCACACUACACCAAAAACCAACGAGAUGAGGCGGAGAAUAUUUACAAGGAAUGGAUGGCUAAGAAGACUGGCAAAAAGGCUUCCGACAUCGUUUAUGAGCCGAAGCUUCGACCCAUUACCUCAGGUGUAUUCUCUGACUUGCCCCGCUUUACAGGCACUAUGCUCUUCGCACAACUUGUCCACCAAUGCCUAGAGUAUGUCGUGUCAUUCAAGGAAUGCACUCCUGCCAUUCCACCAACUCGAGUUGAGACGUUCCUCCAAGUCAUCUUACACCUCGUGCUCGCAGCCGUGCUCGAGGAUGAAACUGAAGAUGGCACUGUGGAUACGGAGCAAAGCAAUUCUUUCAAUUUGCAUGCCAUGUCUAAGGCCCGUGAGAUCAAGGCUGGGAAGCUGACCAUCGUCGGUCUUUUGGAGAGAAUCUCCGUCACACCUGAAUUCUCUGCAUGUGGUUCUAAGAUCCGUCACAUUCUGAAGCGUCUGUGGCAGAAACGUCCCAAAACCUACACCUCUGCAACUGCCUCUCUUAAAUUCCCCUUCGAUCGAAUCGACACUAGCUCUCCUGCUAUUGAUAGUGACAAUCAGAAGGAGAUGAAAAAGAAGGCGGCGUUAGAGCGCCAGGCAAAGGUCAUGGCCCAGUUCCAACAGCAACAGCAACAGUUCCUCAAUACUCAAGGCGACAUUGACUGGGGCGAGGAAGACUUUAGCGACUUGGAGGCUGAGGUGCAGACCCCUCACGAGUCCAAAGUGUGGAAGUACCCAAGUGGUACCUGCAUCUUCUGUCAGGAUGAAACCAAUGACUCGAGGUUGUACGGUACAUUCGCCCUGAUUCAGGAUAGUACAAUUCUGCGACAGACAGAUAUUAGGGAUCCAGACAGGAUUCGUGAAGCACUCAAAACUCCGACGAGUCUGGACAGAUCCGCCGACGAAAUUCGGCCCUUUGGUGUUUCUGGUGAGAACCACACGACUAUUCGGCGGCUGGAUUCUUCUGGAGGCGAGGUGACCAGCGAAAAGGUUGGUCUCAGCAAAGGCUUCAACCCAAAGAGCACUCUGCGGGGGCCUGUGACAACUGGCUGUGGUCAUAUUAUGCAUUAUUCUUGCUUCGACGUGUACUACACCGGCACGCAGAGGCGGCACAGCCAACAAAUUGCCCGUCAUCACCCUGAAAACAUUGCGCUCAAAGAGUUUGUUUGCCCAUUGUGUAAAGCUCUUGGUAACGCUUUCUUGCCUAUUACUUGGAAGGGCAAGGAAGAGUCUUAUCCCGGCGCCCUGAACACUUCCCAGUCCUUCGAUGAAUGGAUGAGCACGGGGCUAAAGGGCGCCCUGCAUCAGACCCAGAAUUUCCCUGUGCUCAUGGUUGAAAAGGAAAAGGCAUACCCUCAUCCAUAUGCGGAACUAUUCAACGACUAUCUGUCUAAAACUCUCACACCUCCGCUGUCUUCUAAAAUCAGUCAGCUCACGUCAUCCCCAGCUCCAUCGGCCGGAUCAUCCCGUCCAGUUAUCUCUGUUCCGCGACUUGCUAUGCCGGGCAUCUAUCCUGCCAGCGAGGAAUUGGCACCGACGAGUCCCCUGCAGCAAGUUUCGACACCGUCAGACAGCCCAAUGACUGAGCUCCUGCAAAUCUACAAGCGCCUGAAGAAGACAAUCAAACUGAAUCACAUCAGUUCUAUCUUCAACAAUAGUCCCGACACAGUGAUCAGUGAUGACUUGGUACACAUUGACACAUUGGUUCGCAGCUUCGGCUUCAGCAUCUCUGCAGUCGAGAUUGCGCAGCGCGGCGUUGAGUCCGAGCCCGGGUCAACUCUUUUGGACAAGAUUCCAUCACUAACACUGACGCAUCUCCGUAUCUUGGCAGAGACGGCUAUGACCUACGCGGCUGUAGGCUGUGUUCACUCAAACAACGGGCCAAAGAGUCGGCCAGCCCUCGAAUUUCAGGAGAUGCACCGACAGAAACUUUGUCAGCUUCUUGUCGGACAUCCCUGUUUGAGCGGAACGCCGUUGCUUAACGAUGUGAGAAAUAUUGAGCCCCUGUUGGCCAUGGAUACUUUUGUGUUCUUGGCAGAGUGCUCGUUGGCUCUAUUGCCCGUUUUCCGCGUCGACGUGCGCCAUCUUGUGCAGAUGUGCUACGUGGCUGAGAUUGUCAAGGUGGCUGUUACCUUUAUUCUCUGGCCUUUAGGGCUCAAAGAGGAAUUGGCAAGCCAAGGGGAGGAAGACCUUGCCAAUAUUGAUAUCUCGGACGAUCGGUACAAUGUGACGAGACAUUUCUUUGAUUCAAUUGUCGCCGAACUGAAAGCCAACUCGGUCGGUCGCGCGGAAGGGUCUUCAUUCCCUGCUGAAAGUGGAUAUGUGAAGGAUGGUGAAGAGUCAGCCACACCCAGUAUCAUUGUCGCCCUCCGCCGGCUCCUCGCCAGCUACGCCUUGACUUUUCUGCGGAAGUCUGUUAUUCUUCUCCACGUGCAGCACGGUGUCGACUUCCCCAACACAGGCUUCGGUGAUGUUGGGGCAUCAGAGCUUGAUCGCUUGACCAAGGCCCUUAACUUGCCCCCACUCGAUGAGAUUCUCAUGUCCAUAAGCCCCGCCAGAAAGACCAACAGUCCCUUCGAUGCAGUCAUCUCCGGUUGGAUUUUCCACUGGAAUGCCUCACGAUCGGGUAUUCGUUUCGAAGAUCAUCGAUUGUGGCCCAGUCUUCCCCACCCGGGUAUCUUCGAGCUUGUUGGACUUCCUAAGUACUUUGACAGUCUCAUCGAGGAAGCUAACAAGCGGCGAUGCCCUAACUCGAAGAAGGAGCUCAGCGAUCCAAGCAUUUGCCUUUUCUGUGGUGAUAUCUUUUGCUCACAAGCGGUCUGCUGUAUGCACAACAAACUAGGUGGAUGCAACCAGCACUUGCAGAAAUGUGGCAAGAACAUUGGUCUUUUCAUCAACAUCCGCAAGUGCACUGUGCUCUAUCUGCAUAAUCACAAUGGUUCAUGGCAUUACGCCCCUUAUCUCGACCGCCAUGGCGAAGUCGAUCCAGGCCUGCGCCGAAACCGUCAGCUCAUCCUAAACCAGAAGCGGUACGAUCGACUCCUCCGUGACGUGUGGCUGUCACACUCGAUUCCUGCUACGAUCAGUCGCAAGCUGGAAUCGGAAAUGAACAAUGGUGGGUGGGAAACGAUUUAA